AUGAGUGAAAAUGGCUCUGCCACAAAGCGUCAUAACCCAGUGGACAGUAUCUGCCGUAAAAUCAAGACCAUUCAGAUGCGUGAUCAGGAUUCCAAUCCAACGUUGCAAAUCCCCAAAUUCCAGUCCAGGAACUUUGAUAGUCCUCAGUCCAGCACCAAAAAGAACCUAGAGGUGGCUCUGAAAAACAGGACUGUAAAAAGCAGCGAAAAAGAUUUAGUUUGCUUUGCGAGUCCCAGUAAUGACAUAUUAUUUCCAAGUUUGCAAAGCCAUUCUCCUUGUCGGAAACCAAUGACAGAGUGUGAAUCCCCCAUGGAAAAAUCCACAUUCUCAGUCAGUUUGUUUCAGAGAGAGAAGGGCCGGAAAAGUUUAACAUCUUGCAAAAGCCAGAGCUGUUCCACACCAGUUGUGUACCCUACAGACCUGCAAUUUAAGUUCCCCAAUUCCGCUUUACCUAGCAUAGACUUUAGGAGUGUCUCUCACGAUGACAGAGCUGUACCUUCUACUCCAAAUUUUUAUUUUACAGAAAGGAAAUCUGAUCGUUUUGCUCUUCAGUCUCCUGUGGUUAAGAGGUUAUCGAUGGGUGAAAGUGGAGGUUUCAGGCGUAUGGUAGAAAACAAAUUUGAGCCUACGUCUGAGGUGAGCUUGAUCUGCGAGGAGGACCUUCUGGACAGCAUCUUUCAUGCAUGUGACAUACAUCACAGAGGUAAAGUAGCUGUAUCUAAGAUUGUGGAUUACUUACGACACACAACAAGCAGAGGGUCAGAGGAUAGUGGUCUGGAUGAGCUCUGCAAUAUGCUGGACCCUGAGAGGAGAGACAUAUCUAUGGAUCUGGACACUUACCAUGCUAUCAUGAAAGAAUGGAUUGAUGACUGCAGGAACAACGGUAUUGAUAAUAAAACGAAAGAAUCCAUCCUUUGCACAGAAGAUUCCAUGUUUAAGUUACGGGAGAGCCUUCUUGCAGUGAGGAGAUUUUCAGGAACUAUGAACAUUACCUCAGGAAGUCUAGAGGCGUUUGGAGGGGAUAUUUCUAAAGGAGAUUUGGAAACAUCGGACCUUAUAACUUGUGUUGCUGACCUUCAGUAUAACAACCUAAAGAUGCAGGAACAACAUGCCAAGAUGAAGAUCACUAUAGAGUCAUUGGAGGAAGCCAAUCACCGCCUGCAGGAGGAGAACGAACAGCUGCAGAACCAGUGGAAGAGUGCCCAGCAGUGUAUAAUGAGAGCAAGAGCCUUAAAAGAAGAACUAGAGGAAAUUAAACUACAUCUACACAACUCAGAAGAGAAAAAUGUGCAGAUGGUGGCACAGAGCAAACAGCUGGAAAAGGAAAACCUCUCUCUCAUUCAUAAGAUUAGUGCCUUGCAGGAAGAGAAUGAGCGGCACAUGCUGGAAUCAGACGGUCUGAGGAGGACUAUAUCUGAGCUGUCUGAUAAAAUUGCUGUUCUUCAGUUACAGUUGAAUGAUUCUGAAAAUACAUUGCAGAAGAAAGAGUCCAGCCUGCAGAUGAAAGAGUUCCACAUUGAAGAGUUAAAGUCCUCGUUAAUGGAGUAUACUUCCUUAAUUGAGAAUUUAAGGAUAGAGAAAGCCACCUUGGAAAGCAACCUACAGCAACUGGAACAUGAGCUUCUUUCGAAUGGUCUUACUUCGCCUGUUGCGUCCAAGUUUCCGCGCAGUAUUUUGGGAAGUAUCAGUUCCUUGCACUCAGAGUUGGAGCUUGCCCAGCAGUCCCCUGAGGUUUCAGGUGCAGAGUGGAUGAGCACAUCCGGACACACCUCAACCCUUGAUGUCACCUUAGAUCGAGAAGUGUUACUUUUACUUCAAGGUCCAGGUCAAGAGCAAGUGGCUACAGAAUUUAAAGAACUCAUCCAGAACCUGAGAGGAAGCGCUUACGACAGAUCAGAUCUUUUAUUAAUCCGUUUGCAACGUCUGAUAGACUCUGAGACAGAUGGGAAAGAAUUGCCUGUAAAGAUGCUUGAGGUUAUAAAGAUGGACCUGAAAGAAAAGCGAGAGACUUGGGUUGGGAAGCUGAAACAGCUGGAAACUCACAAAGACUCUAUGGAUAAAGAGUUUGUGAAAAUCGCAGGAAAUCUCCGCCGUGCAAAGACUGAACAGCUACAUCUAAAAAAAGAACUCUCUAACAGGCUUCAUGAGCUGGAGAUGGUCCGACAGCAACAGGAGGCGGCUGAGGAAAAAAACAAAUCCUUUCUUGUGAGUCUGCAGGAGUCUAGUGUCCGACAAGAGGAGCUAAAUAAGCAGGUCCAGGCGCUGGAGAACGCCCUUUGCUUAGUGAGGACAGAGGCUGACUCUCUGAAAUGCAAGUUUGAGGAAGCAGCCUCCGUGCAGAGAGCUCUCCAAGCUGCAAAUACAACAUUAACCAGCGAGUGCCAAGCAGUUCAGCAGAAGAAUCACGAGCAGCAACAGACUAUUCAUUUAUUGCAAGAGAAGCUGUUUAAAGGACAACUCUGUGGGCUUCUGUGUCAGAGCUGUACCGAUGAGGAGUCGUCCAGUGAUCACUCUCACAACACUGACCUAAAUAACGAGAAAAGCUGUUUCUAUAAGAGAUUUGGUGUAAAAGAAGCAAGUCGUUUGCGCAGACCUCCCAAGAGCUCGCACUCCUCUGAAGCACUGUGUGUGUACACACCAUUAUUAGAUGCUCUGACUCUGGAAAUCCUACAACUUUAUCCGCGACUGCGCGUGUGGAAUUACCCUCGUGCAGGAACCAGAAGUCUAUCGAAAUCUCAAAGCACUAAACAUAAAGAUGAGAAAGGCGCUGAUCCAGAGCUAAACACGUGCAAAUCUGUGUCUGUCGAAAUUCAGACUGAUGAGGAGCAUCUUCAUAAAACUGCAAUGGAAACCCUUUUCUCAGAGGAAUCUGUUCCAGCUGAAAGUUUACCGACAGCUGUUGUCUUUAAUACAAGCAAUACCUCUAUAAAUUCAAAUGCAGUUGCUGAUUGUGUUUCAUCUUCCCUGGAGAACACACUCAUUUCCUCCGAACCGGACACAGAUUUGCUUGUAAUGGAAACGAACCAUGCUCCCUCUGAAGUUUCACCUGCAAAGGAUUCUGGGGCAGAGUCAUUAGAAGCCAAACUACAUGAAGUGUCACCUGCAGGGUCUAAUGAAGAUGCAGUGAAGAUUCUGGAAGAUACAGAUGUGAAAUCUGCUCAAACCUCUGUACUGGUUCCCCCUGAAGAAAGUUCCAUGCCAGCUGCUGAACAAACAGCUUCUCUGACAUCUAAUCAAGAAAAUAACAUCACAAGUAGUGAGAAGGAAAUGGAGACUGAGUUUCUUCGUUUGUCACUUGGCUUUAAAUGUGAUUUAUUCACGUUGGAUAAAAGGCUCCGUCUAGAGGAGAGAUCACGGGAUUUAGCGGAGGAAAACCUAAAGAAGGAAAUCGCAAGCUGCAUAAAACUGCUAGAAGCGCUAACUCCUAUAUGUGAGGAGGAUAAUCAGCUGCAUGAAAUUGUAAAGAAACUAGAAAAGAGUUUGCAGUUCCUCAGUCAGCACACGGCGCGAGUCGCCAGCCGUGCAGAGAUGCUCGGGGCCAUCCACCAGGAGAGUCGAGUCAGUAAAGCCGUGGAAGUGAUGAUCCAGCAUGUAGAGAACUUGAAGCGCAUGUAUGCAAAGGAACACGCAGAGCUAGAGGAACUCAGAGAAGUUCUGCACCAGAAUAAAUGUUCAAUUUCUUCUUCUGAGAGAGAUGAGUCAUUAAAGUUUCCUCCAUCUUUGAACUUAAAGCCGUCUGCCUUGAGAAGAGUGAGCAUGCCAGCAUACCCUCGGGGCAUGGGAGGUCCUGCUGGAUUACCUAUACUACAAGAGGCAUUUGGAGGAGAUAAACCUGAUGGAAAACUUCACAAAAGGUCAAACAGUUGGAAAUUGAUGGGAUCGAAGCAAAAUGAAAACCGACCGUGUCUGCAGCGCUUUGUUACGACCUACACCAGGGCAGAUCCUACAGACGAGCCUCCUAUAGAAGUCGAUGAAAAGAACCUAGAAGAAGCAGAUCAUGCAACUGAAGAAAAAAUUAGAAAGUUAAGUGUUCUGGAAAAAUAUCCUUUUCCAGAGAAGAAACAUUCUGUCUACAGUAGGAUGCGAUCAUGGGCUGGAGAUCUGAAACAUUCCUUCUCUACUUUCAACAAAACCUUUGCAAUAUCUCUUUUAGUCACAGUCUUACUUGCUGCUCUAGUGAGCUUUAUGACUGGACUGUCCUUCCAGCGACCAGUUGAGGGGGCACCAGUUGGAACUGGGGGCUCUUGGACUUCAGUACAACAGCUUCUCUGGCCUUAUACUGGACUACGUCACAAUGGGCAGCCACCAGUAUAGGGAUGUUGGCUGAGGGACUGUCAAAGUUUACAAAUUGAAAUUUCUCAUGUCAUGAAAUCGUGCAAUGGUCCAAAAAAUGAAUUGUGGCCUUUUAAAAUAAUUUAAAGUUAAAAUAUUUUAUGUAAUUAUAACAAUUUUUUUUUUUCGUAUGCAUGUUUUUUUAGUUUUUUUUUUUUUUCUAAAAUAUGAGUGUAAAAUAUAUAAUUACUUUGAAGUGUUUAAAAUGUUACUAGGCUCCAUACAGUUUACAGAAUUGAUAAUAAACAGCAGAAUAUUUUUUUAAACUUCGGAUAUGGGAUCAUGAAAAUGCUGCCCCAUUAAAUAAUACAUUUUGAAAUAUUGUUGUAUACCUGGCAAGCAAUGCACUUAAUGACUCUGUACCAGCUGUUCAAGCAUGAAUCAAUGUAACAAUAUUUAUUGGUUUAGAAUGAUUUUGUGUGUUUAAUAAAGGUCUAUAUAUUUAA